UGCAAAGGGUCUGAACUACGAUUAAAAAUACGGUUAGUUUAUUCAUAUUGAAGACUCAGUGAAACUUUAGGAAAGUCCUUAAACAAAGGAGACCCUUGACGAUCGAUUGUUUUGUUGGAAGUAGCGAAAUUUUGGGAAAAAAGCCACCGAAGAAAGACCGGAAGACGGACGGACAAGUUACUUGGAUUCACGGAUUUGAACGUCGCUUGUUGCCCACACGAAGUACAGUAUUUUCCCGAUUUAUGAUAAUCCGUCGAUGUAGUGAUUAUUGUAGUAGCUACAGCCUCUUCGUCAAGAAAUGGAAAGGCGAAAAUUGAAUGAUUUUAACUUCAAAGAUGCAAUCUAAUGUUUUGUUACGCGGUGUCUCCUCAAGAGCAGAAAUUUAUUCAUAGUUUUCAAAAGUGGCAGGACUGAUUUACAAGUGACACUGUUACGGCUUUCGUGGUUUUAACCGAAACAUGGCAAAAGGCAGAGUGGACUUGGACGACCUGAUUGCGUUUUCUUCCGACGAGGAGGACAAUGCAGCCAUAACAUCGGGAGAAUCUUGGCUGGCAGUCUUGUCGUCAGAAUUCAACGCAGGAGCGGGAAGCCGCUCUGGAACUGAGAGUGCACGUUCGUUAUCACCGAGUUUCUUUGAUGGCCGUCAAUCAAGUCGUGAUCGAAACAGCAGCAGAAAUUCUAAUCACGAAGUGCAAAAUGCUAAAACGGAAACCCGAUCUGCACACUUAAACCUUGCGAGUGGAGGAAAUCACCUGAAUCCCUUUAAAUGGACCGAUUUUUCAAGUGACAAUGAGGUAGAACGUGACAGUCUAUUUAAUCAAGAGAGUAGAUUGAGGGCAUCCCGUUCUUGCGACGACCUCUCGCCUCCUAGAAGCCCAGAGAAGAAACCAAGCAACAUUCCUCAAUUUCCUCAUGGUGAAUUUUCUAGUUAUCAUUCAUUAUUUAAACCUCCCUCUGAACUAAUGAACUUUCAAAGUCCAGCAGCUUGCAAUGGCAGACAGGCAGUUCAAAAAGCUCAAAGUCAACAAACUUACACCGCUAGUCCUUGCGUGACAUUAAAUAGCCAGUAUUUUGACCCAAGCAUGCAUAGUACAAACCAAUCUGUAAGAAGCACUGAAUCGUCAAAUUCCAGUGGAGAGCACCCUUACGGUUCUAUCACUCUGAAGCUUAAAGGGAAUCCGGGAGAAUUCUCCAGAAAAGGAAGCAGUGAGAAACUGUUUUCAACAGAAAAACUCUCAAAAGGCAAUGAUGUCUUUCCAGCAGAGAUUACAAAGAGCGCUGAUAAGUCCACUACUAACUCUAAGGACACAAGGUCUUUGAGAGUGCAGUUUCCUGAUGAAGAGGCUGGUGAAAGGUCUCAUCAGUCACGAAAAGGAUCUUUUUCUCGCACAAUGUCUGUUCCUCCUCCUCGCCCACCUCCCCCGAAGAUUUCCCAGCGUCCACUCUCAGCCUCGUUCCCUGACAAGAAAUCACCAUGUGCAUCAAUGACAAGUGAUCGUGAUUCCAAGUUUAUCUUUUAUGGAGAUGGGUUGUUUGAUGUUGCUAAAGAGAGAAACGAAGAGGCCGCUGCCUUCAGCAGAAUGAUGACUGAACUCAGAUCAGACUUCCGCUGGGAUGAAGCCACAAACCCAGGUCACGUGAUAAGUCCCACAAUUCCUUAUGAUCACGAGAGAUUUCCUAACAGUACUGAAGCGAGUUUUGCAAUUUAUACCAGGGAACGACAGGACACCCUUAAGUUCACGUUCAGUGCCCACAGCCGUGUCAGCAAAAUAAUCGAACUUGCUCUGAGUUGCUUAUCAGAUGACAGUAAACUUGUAGAGUUGAGUUCAGCUGCAGUUUAUGUGCUUAAAGUUUGUGGUCGUUCCGAGUAUCUUGAGGCAAACGGUAUCCUGGUUCAGUAUGGCUAUGUGCAAGAAUGCAUCAAAUUCAGACGCGAGGUCGAACUUGUACUCCUUGAAAGCUGGCAGGUCUCUACACAGCUGGCCAGAACCGAGGAAGACGACCUUGAAGGCAGUGUUUCUCAUAACUACAAAGAAUUCUUUGACUGCUCCGUCAGCACUGCUGUGUCCAGGUAUGGGCUGACUGUGCUGCUGGAAGCAUUCAACGAUGAACUUGUCAAAUUGCUGGAAGAAACCACGAGUCAGAGCAUGCCACGCUUUGAGCCUAGCCGCGUAAUCCAAUCUGUGAAGGCCAUUUGCGCAACUCUGGCUACCUUGGAGACAGCAGAAGUGAUUAAUGCCGUUCGCAGGUUAAAGGAUCUUCAAACGACCGAGACUUCUGGUAGAAUGGUUCCUGACCAAGCCGAGUUGAGUGAUGCCCUUUCAAAGCUGCAGUCAGCUGUUUUGCUUCUCAUUGAGAUGUACUGUGAUGCGUUUGAUACAGAAUUUGUCCCCAGUAGGGUAGACAGACCCAAACUGGCCGGUACCAUAGAGGUCACCCGCAUGACGGACAACGUCCGCAUCCACGUGGCAUGCGCUAACAGACUCCCUCUGCAAUGGAAUCAGGACUUUGAGAGCUUUGAAGUACACAGUGGAGUUUACUACGGAGGACGCUUGUCCUGUCCUCUUGAAGUGACGCAGCAAAAGAAGAUCACCAGAAGUUUCUUCGACCAGCUGAGAUGGAACGAGUGGCUGCAGUUCCGGAUUCACGUUCGUCAGCUCCCGCGUGAGUCCCGCCUCUGUCUUACCCUUUAUGGUAUUCCCCCCACAAGCAAAGGGAACACCUUGAACACCAGUAGAACACCGCUUGGCUGGGUGGCAGUACCCCUCUUUGAUUUCAAGGGUGUCUUGAUAUCAGGAACGCAACUUCUCGGCUUGUGGCCUGAUGGCACAGCCAACCCAGUCGGUACCUGUACUUCAAACCUGCUGCACCCCUCUAGUGUGAUUCUGCAAGUAGAGUUUGAACGAUAUUUGGCAGACAUAGUGUUUCCGGACUUCGAGGCUAAUGGCUGGUUACCUUACGAUGAAACCGAUCGGUGUGAACCUCAAGCCACGACCACCGAAGUGUACAAGCACAUUUUGGAAAAGGAUCUUUUUAACGAGCUGAAGCCAGAAGAGAGCGAACUACUCUGGGAACACCGUCACUACUGCAUGUCAGUCCCUAAAGCGUUGCCCCUCAUUCUGUCCUCCGCGCCUUCUUGGGAGUACGGUUUCCUUCCAGAAAUCUACAGUCUGCUGGCUUCGUGGGCGCCUUUGAGACCGGUAGAUGCCAUGGAGUUACUCAAGGUCAGCUUCCCAGACACCCGUGUGAGAGACACAGCAGUGGAAUGGAUGGAGGCGCUCGCAGACGAUGAGCUGUGCGAUUACCUUCCUCAACUUGUUCAGGCGUUGAAGUAUGAAAUCUACCACGACUCCUCCUUGGUCCGUUUUCUUGUGCGUCGGUCCCUUGGCAGUAUCCGGGUCAUGCACUAUCUGUUCUGGUACCUGAAAGACACCAUCAUUGAUCCACAAUUCGGUCAACGAUUUCAGAUCAUUCUGGGCGGCCUGCUAAGUAUCUGUGGAAAUGCGCAGAGGUCCGAGUUUACCAGCCAGGACGAAAUCGUCUCCGAUCUGACGCAGGUGGCUCAGACAGUCAAGAAUGCUAAAGAUUCCACCAGAACGAACGUCCUUCAGCAAGAGCUAGCAGUGAUCGCGGCCAGCUUCAUCACAACCGUCAGACUUCCGAUAAGUCCUGGUUACGAGGUUAAAGGCAUUGAUGCAAGAGCAAGUGGCUACUUCACCUCGAACUCCGCACCACUGCGACUCAUUUUCAAGAACGUUGACCCGUUUGGCGAAGACGUGCACGCCAUGUUCAAAAUCGGCGACGAUAUGAGGCAAGACAGGCUCAUCAUGCAACUUGUGGGAAUCAUGAACAAGAUCUGGUUACGAGAAGGAAUCGAUCUGAAGAUGAUCACCUACAAGUGUGUAGCGACCGAUGUCGAUAUGGGGAUGGUGGAAAUCGUUAAAGGUUCGGUUACACUUCGUCAAAUCCACACUGAACUGGGCUUGGUGGGUUCCUUUAAGGAUGAGCCGAUCGCACGAUGGAUCCAAAAGUACAACACCGGCGAUGAAAGCUACCAACAGGCUGUGGAGAAUUUUACAGCUUCCUGUGCAGGCUACUGUGUCGCUACCUACGUCCUCGGAAUCGGUGACCGUCACAACGAUAACAUCAUGAUUAAGAGAAGCGGUCACUUAUUUCACAUUGACUUCGCCAAGAUCCUCGGAAACGCACAGAUGUUCGGCUCAUUCCGCCGCGAUCGGGCCCCCUUCGUGUUGACAUCGGACAUGGCUUUCGUUAUAAAUGGUGGUUACGAGCCCAGCAGUCGUUUUCAAGACUUCGUAGACCUUUGUUGCAAGGCUUUCAACGUGAUCCGGCGCCACUCCAACUUGCUUCUAAACCUAUUGUCCUUGAUGCUCAAUUCUGGCAUUUCUUGUUUAAGUCAGGUCGCUGAUUUGAAGUACAUCCGAGAUUCCUUGCUCCCAGACGCCUCCGAGGGAGAAGCUACGGCUGCCUUCACGAGACUCAUAGAGGCCAGCCUCUCUUCCUGGUUUACGCAAGUAAAUUUCUUCAUUCACAACGUGGCGCAGGUCCGUGACGUCAGUCAACUAAGACUUUCAGCACCUGCCAACUCCAAACCAAGCUCUGUUCUUUCGUUCGCUCACGGAACGUAUUCUGUCGAUUCAGACGGCUUGGUGGAUUCUGCGCGAGUUGUCGACUUUCAGAAACGCUACAGUCCUGAGAAGUAUUACAUCUACGUUAUUAACAUUUGCCGCGUAGGCGUCGAAGAACCGUCAUUUGUGUUUCGUCGGUUCAACCAGUUCCACGAGCUACACACGAAGCUCACCGAAGCGUUUCCGGACAACAAUCUACCCAAGCUCCCCAGCAAGAUCUACAUUGGUCGAUCGCAGAUCCGGGUGGUGGCUGAGCGCAGACGAAGCGAGCUCGACGAUUACAUCCGACACUUAUUGAUGAUGCCGGCUGAGAUUUCGGAAUCGGAACUUCUGUACACAUUCUUUCACCCAUUGCAGCAGGACAACAGAGAAGCAAGCAAGUUUUCGGUUCGCCUUCUCCCCGAAGAGAAACGAAACCGCGAACGACCCAUCGGAGGGCAGGUGAAGUUGCUGAUUCGACACGAGCGCGAAGCUCUUCGUGUAAUGGUCAUGCACGUAAAGGAGUUGUCUCCCAGAAAUACGACAACCCUCGCGGAUCCGUACGUAAAACUUUACCUCCUGCCGGAUCCAACCAAGGCGACAAAGCUGAAGACCAAGAUUGCGCGAAAAACUCUUAACCCGACAUUUAACGAAACCUUGUUGUACAGCAUGUCAGAGUCGGAGGUACGACAGCGUUGCCUUCAGGUGACUGUGUUGGAUCACGAUUAUGUUGGCGAGAAUGAGUUCCUUGGUGGAGUGCUGAUCGAUCUUUCACAAGCUGAACUGAAGAAGUCUGUCGCCCGUUGGUACGCACUAACUGACAUCAGAAAACCACUUUGAGAGUGCUGAAUACUUCGUUGCUGUCCGAGAGAAAUGAGGCGACGGGAUCUGGGGACUACUCUAAUGAAAGAGAAGCCUGGAUAAACAGAACUGUCUCUUCGCGCCCUUAAUGCUAUCUGACAUUCAAUCCGCCAAAAAACGUCCUUACUAGUGACACUGACAGCUUUCUAACAAUCCACAUAAAUUAUUGACUGUGUGCGGAAGCUCACGACCGAGGAGCAACCAAUAGGAUAAACGGAGGAAUGUCUAUGGUACUCUGCAGUACUCAACUUUAUUUCCAGGCUCUCUCUUCUCUCUCUCUCUCUCUCUCUCUCUCUCU